UUGACUUAUUCAUAAUAUAUAUCUGGAAAGUGAAGGCACCCACCGUGAAUGCACAAACAAAGGCCAUCCAACCGCUCAUUGUCCACGGGCAACAGUAGCUCUUACUUACGGCCUAGAAUUGCCCAAAAGCGGCCACGGCAACAAGGGGCAGUGCGCAUGCUAGCGCCGGUGGGGCAGAAUACCUGAUGCCCCAGUUGGUAUCAUUCAAAUCCCCCUCCGGCCCAGCAGCCGCAGCAGGAUCACGCGGCGGCUCGUCAGGCGCACCGGGCCCACCCUGCCCACAACCAAAAGUAUACACAUACAGAAAGACAGAGUGGCGGCCUGAAUGCACACCUACCGUCGGUGGCGCUUCAGGAGGAUCAAUGUGACCCUGUGAGUGGCCCUCGCUCUUGACCAGCCGGCCGGUUGAAGAAGCUGCGGAAGGCUGUGCUGUUUGUUGCGUCUUUGGGGCCCUCAGGAAAGACGUCUGCAGACAGGUUGGAAGAGAGCAGAGUAGUCAGCAGGGGGAAUGCAUAUAUAGACCGCUUCGUACUUUAGCCGUCUGGUUGGUCUUCUGUUGCGCCUUCUCAGCAUGGAUUCCUGCGUGAGCUGUAGCGUUCAGCGCCAGGCCCUCCGCCUGGGGAUGUUUCGCCUCCGUUUUCACUUCGGCGUGUGGACCCUUGUCGGCGUGGUGAGCUGCAGUGGCGUGCCCUGCCGGUGUGAUGGACAGAUUUGCCGCCUUUGCCAGCCGUGUGAUGGUGAGGGCCAGGAUCACGAUGAGGGGACGAAGCUGCAUUGCAAAGGGCAGCGAAAGCAGCUCAGACAACGAUAUCGGUAGCGCUCGGUGCGUGAACUUGAGGAGGGCAAGAAAGGGGAGGGGAGGGAAGGGAGGCGGCCCCCACUAAGCUCGCACAGGCGAUCCUUGGCGGAUUUCGGGAAUGGCGUGCGUUCAG